AUGGAGCUUCCCCGGCGAGCACUUGCUUUCCUGUCCGUUGGGCUGCUCCUCGUCCAGCAGCGGGCUGAGGUGCCCGGGCGCACCUACCUUUACGACAACCGCUACGCCGGGCAUAAGGUAAUACGGAUUAUACCAGAGAAUGACCAAGUGGCAGAGACACUGAAGAUCCUUUCUCAACAACUUAAGGUGGACCUGUGGCAGCCAAGCAGCAUCUCUCUCAUCUCCAAGGGUACAGUUGCAGAUGUACAUCUGUCAAGAAACAGUUCACAAAUUCUUCAGUACUCCUUAGAACAAGCAAACAUCCAAUAUACAGUCCUCAUAUCUGAUCUGCAGAAAACAGUAGAAAAACAAAGUGAUUCAAAGCCAUUCAGGAAUCGUAGAUCAUUGCCAGAAUAUAGUUAUGAAAUAUAUCAUUCGCUGGAAGAAAUUCAAAGUUGGAUGUAUCAUUUGAACAAAACUCAUUCUGAUCUCAUUCACAUGUUCUCUAUUGGCAAGUCAUAUGAGGGAAGACCACUCUUUGUAUUAAAGCUAGGCAAAAGAACAAGGGUUUAUAAGAAAGCUGUCUGGAUAGAUUGUGGAAUCCAUGCAAGAGAAUGGAUCAGUCCAGCCUUUUGUCAGUGGUUUGUGAAAGAAGCUCUUCAGACAUAUCAAAAUGACUCAGCCAUGAGAAGAAUGCUAAAUCAGCUGUAUUUUUUUAUCAUGCCUAUUUUUAAUGUGGACGGAUAUCAGUUUAGCUGGACCCAGGAUCGAUUUUGGAGGAAAACAAGAUCAAGGAAUUCAAAGUUCCACUGCCAUGGAGUAGAUGCUAAUCGUAAUUGGAAAGUGAAAUGGUGUGAUGAAGGUGCUUCCCUCCAUCCCUGUGAUGAUACAUACUGUGGUCCAUUCCCUGAAUCUGAACCAGAAGUGAAAGCUGUCGCUCAUUUUCUUCGCAAACACCGGACUCAGAUAAAAGCCUAUUUAUCCUUUCAUGCAUAUGCCCAAAUGCUCUUGUAUCCAUACUCUUACAAGUAUGCAACUAUUCCAAAUUUUAACUGUGUGGAAUCUGCAGCUGUUAACGCUGUAAAUGCCUUGCAGUCAGUUUAUGGAAUAAGAUAUCAAUAUGGUCCUGCCUCCAGAACUUUGUAUAUGAGUUCUGGGAGUUCAAUGGAUUGGGCCUAUAAAAAUGGAAUCCCCUAUUCAUUUGCCUUUGAACUGCGUGAUACAGGUCAUUUUGGAUUUUUAUUGCCUGAGACCCUAAUCAAGCCAACCUGUACAGAAACCAUGCUAGCUGUUAAAAAUAUAACCAUGCACCUCCUAAAAAAGUGUCAUUAA